AUGCGCCCGAAGGUGGUCUUGCCGGACUGGCUCCGGAUCCGGUACGAGGAGAAGAAGCUCAUCGCUUAUCUGGCGGGACUGGGAACGAGCGUCUGCAGCGUCUACCUGCUGUGCAACGCGGGCAGUACCCUUGGGCUCGCCAAUUCAGGGUCCAACCCUUGCUUCUCUGCCAGUAGUGCUUACAAUCUGGAGAUCUCUCUGGUCGUCAUCCUAUCGCUCGUCUAUCUCGUCAUCAGUGGUGCCUUCUUCUGGGGCAUCUGGCAGGAACAGGCCAAAUAUUUGCUUCCGUUUCUGUGCUUUCUGGUCGCCGCUACCGGAUUCCUCGGUCAUGCGCACAUCGAUUGGAUGCUGUUUGAGGCCGGUGCUGGAGAGCGGCAGCUGGGCAUUGCGGCCUUCAUCUGGACCACACUGGUUCUCACAUUCGCCAGCACCAUCAUCCUGCUGCUCUACCGUGAGAUGAGCUCCGGUAAGCGCUCCAAGAAGGAGGACUUUGAAGUGUUUUACAAUAAUGGCAAAUAUUAAGCCACCUAAGGUGUCCAAUAGAGCUAAAAAAUUAAAGUAUUUUUUGUUAAAUAAAUUCCUCAAAUAACAAACCCAC